GUUGCCAGCAGCCCGAGAUCCGAAGGAGAGAGCAGAGCCUGGAGCUUGUUUGUCAUCAGCAUUGUCCCGACUCUGCUGUCCGGGUGAAAGUCCUUUCCAACCAGAACUGCCUUUGGUACCUCAACUCCGGCCAAAAGCAGCGAGUCUGCCCUCAAAGGGAACAAAUGACAACUCUGAGGAAGACGCAUCUAUUAAUGCUCAUAAUUUUGCUUUUACUUAUGAACGAUUGCUCUGGCUCCAAAGCAGAGGACCGCCUUUUCCGGAGGAUAUUCCGCCGAUAUAAUCAAUACAUCAGACCGGUAGAGAAUGUGUCUGACCCGGUGACAGUGCAGUUCGAAGUCUCCAUGUCCCAGCUGGUCAAAGUGGAUGAAGUCAACCAAAUAAUGGAGACAAAUCUAUGGCUGCGACAUAUCUGGAAUGAUUACAAAUUCCAAUGGAAUCCAGUUGACUAUGAUGGGAUCAAGUACAUCCGAGUUCCAUCAGACAAGAUUUGGAAACCAGACAUUGUUCUGUAUAACAACGCAGUUGGAGAUUUCCAAGUUGAAGAUAAAAACAAGGCCCUUCUCAAGUAUGACGGCACUGUUACCUGGAUGCCUCCUGCUAUUUUCAAAAGCUCCUGUCCAAUGGACAUCACCUAUUUUCCUUUUGACUAUCAGAAUUGCUCCAUGAAAUUUGGUUCAUGGACCUAUGAUAAAGCUAAGAUUGACCUCGCAAUCAUAGGGUCUAAAGUGAAUCUGAAAGACUUCUGGGAGAGUGGCGAAUGGGAGAUCAUAGAUGCCCCUGGAUAUAAACAUGAACUUAAGUAUAAUUGUUGUGAAGAGAUUUAUGUAGACAUUACUUAUUAUUUCUACAUUCGUAGACUACCUUUGUUUUACACUGUCAACCUGAUCAUUCCCUGCCUGUUAAUCUCUUUCCUCACGGUUCUAGUUUUUUAUCUACCCUCUGACUGUGGAGAAAAGAUCACGCUCUGUAUAUCUGUCCUUCUCUCCUUGACAGUGUUUCUGCUGGUUAUCACUGAAACCAUCCCUUCCACCUCACUAGUAAUUCCUCUGAUUGGCGAGUACCUCUUAUUCACUAUGAUCUUUGUAACUCUGUCGAUCAUCAUAACAGUCUUUGUCCUGAACAUCCACUACCGGACGCCAACCACCCACGUCAUGCCAGGGUGGGUGCAAAAGGUAUUUUUGGAAGUUCUACCUAAAGUUAUGUUGAUGAAGAGGCCUGUAGAGGAAAAUAAAACUGAGGGUGUAGGGAGCUGCCAAAGGAAGGUCAAGUGUACCUGGAACGAAUGCUCCAACCCCCUGGAAUAUGAUGACUUCAAGGCAGCCAAAGAUCAGGCAAAAUCCCACUGCCAAUAUUGCAAGGAACCCAUGGGCAAUGUGACCUCUAACCUGCAAAGGCAGACACAUGUCUCAGUUCCUUCUUUUGAGAUCCAACAGGCAAUAGAAAGUAUCAAAUAUAUUGCGGAAAACACAAGGAGUCAGAAUGAAGCCAAAGACGUGGAAGAUGAUUGGAAAUAUGUGGCUCUGGUAAUCGACAGGAUAUUCCUAUGGAUUUUCUCGUUAGUUUGUGUUCUGGGAACUGCAGGGUUGUUUCUCCAGCCAUUGAUGGCUACAGAAUGAUUGUGUAACAUUUGAUACCUAUAAAAGUUAUUGGUAUUAAGGUCCAGUAUGUGCAAUACCAGUUUCAUAUGUCACACCAAAACCUAUAUUGCAUGACAACAUUACAAAAAUAAAAAAAUUACUUCACUAAAAUCUCCAUCUAUAAUACCGUGGAGAGAUUGACUGUUAACAAAUCACUGUUCAUGUGGCCAUUUAUGUAUGAAACCACAAAUCAUCUAUAUUACUGUUCAUAUUACCAUAUUUAAGACUCGGAGAACAUGUCCAGAAUAUAUUGCGAGAGAUGUGAUGAAUAUUUCAUGAAAAUGCGCCUCUUUAACAUUGCAAGCUAA